UAAAAUAAUUUUUUUUUUAUCUGCCAUGCAUGGUCGGUCUUUUCUCUUUUAUUUGCCUAAACAUUUUAUUUGCGCGCGCGAGUUCCAGUUUCCCCCCUUUUUUUUAAACUUGCAUUGCCAUAUUCAUGUGCAUCUUUUUUUGCCAAAAUUUCCAUUCCAUGUGCCACAUCCAUAUUCUGCCCAAGAGCAUUUUUCCAUCAAUCCAUUUCGAUGUUGUUUUGUUGUUCAUUUUCUUCUUGCCCAUAUUCCUUGCUGUUUCCAUCAUUUUGCUGCCCAAGAGCCUUUGAAUCGCCGAAGCAUCACUUCGGCAUCCGGUGCUACCAAUUGA